AUGCAGGGACACGGCCUAGAGCCGUGCCUUCAGUUGGGCCGUAGAGCGGCGAGCAGCGGGGCUAGAGCGGCCCUAGGGCCACCCCACAGCGGAGUUCUGCACGUCUCCGAAAACCCGGCGCCCUUGGUGGUCAAAGCGAGCCCGGGCGUCAAAGACGUUCGACCCUUCAUCGUGUGCUGCGUGCUGAAGGGAGUGAACUUAAAGCCGGGAAACGCCCUGAAGAGGUUCCUGUCCGCGCAGACUAAACUGCAUGAAGACAUCUGUGAAAAGCGGACAGCGGCCACGAUUGCCACCCACGACUUGCAGUUGAUCAAAGGUCCUCUGAUAUACGACGUUCGGCCUCCUGAUGAACUGAAGAUAAUACCCCUGGGUCGAAAGGAGAUCAAGGCAAAGGAUCUUCUCCGUCAGCUGCAGUUAGAAGCUGAGGAGCAGAGGAAACAGAAGAAGCGUCAGAACGUUUCUGGGUUGCACAAGUAUCUCCAGUUACUGGAUGGCAAAGAUAACUACCCGUGUCUUGUGGAUGCCGAAGGCAUUGUGAUUUCUUUCCCACCAAUAACCAAUAGUGAGAAAACAAAGAUCAGAAAAGACACCCGUGACCUAUUCCUGGAAGUGACAAGCGAUACCAGUUUGCAGAUAUGCAAAGAUGUCAUGGACACGCUAAUUCUGAAAAUUGCAGAACUGAACAGGUUUACCUUGGAAAAUAAGGAAGACUCGGGCUCGGAUAACGAAUCUGACGCGAACCCCAGCCAAAACAUACAGACGAUGAAUUCCCCGUUGGUGGUGGAGCAGGUUCGAGUGGUGGACGCAGAUGGAAACUUGAAAGUACUUUAUCCUUCAAAAACUGACCUAAGCACAGUUUCCUCUCUUCUGACUGUAAUACGUUAG